UUAUUGUUACAGUGAUGCAAAUCACAACAUAUCAUUAUCAGAGUUAUAACCUUUAUUAUUAACUUCUUAUAGUUAUUAGCUGGUUUGAACUAAACCGAAAUAACUCAGAAACAAGCAGUCCUACAAAUAAUGUCAAGUUGGUCCUAAUGUGUUCAUGUGGUGGAAGGUUCAGGAAUAAGAAGCUUUAUGGCUCUAAUAAGUAGCGAGAACAAUAUUGUACAUAUUUGAAUAGUGACCUGAAUAUUUUACUAGCUGGAUUAUAUUCAUAAUGUUCAUUAAAUAAGUCUGUGCUGAGGGUGGUGGAGGGGGGAAAACAUGAUUUUUCCAAAGUGUAACAUGGUUUUCAGCAAUCCCUCUCUAUUGCUUUGGGCCACACUGCAUUAGAGUCUGCGAACAAAAGAUCCUCAGUAAACAGCACAGGGAGCUUAAAAGUCACUGCAUAAAUCCCAUUGUUCCUGAUUACCUAUCUCUGUAUAGAAGUUCAAUUAAGCAGUCUGAAUGCGAUCUCAGACACUAAGCAGACUCGAAUUUGUGUGUGAAUGAGACAUGAGGGCACCUCAAGCACAACCCCACACAACACAAGAGCCAUCCUGCGCCGAGCGCCUGCUUCGCGCAUGCGCAGUUGCAUGCAUUUUUUAUAUCGUUUUCCUAUUAACGCGGAAGUCUGAAUGACGCACUCAGUCAGAUGGAGACCGUGAAAUAAACAAAACAUCGCGUUUUCCUGAGGUCAGACAGAAAGCGAGAGAGAGGUCGUGAUUAAUGGUUCUCUCCAUCAUGCUGCUGGUGGUGGGCUGGUUUCUGUGUUUGUGAGAGCUACACUGGCCUGCUGGGAUGAACAUGCCACUGCAUCAGAUCUCUGUCAUCCCCCGGGAUGUCACUUCCUCCAGGGGGUCUGGCAGCAGCGGAAAGGCCAAGGACAAGGAUCGGGACAAACAGAAUGAGAAACCACUGGGUCAUUCUGCAAGCAGGUCCAGCAACAUUUCAAAGGCAGGGAGCCCGACUUCUGUGAACGCCCCCUGCAGCUUCUCUCGAACUUCAGUCACGCCUUCAAACCAGGACAUCUGCAGUUCUAAUGCUAGAGCUGCAGCUCAGGAGCAGGUCUCUCAGAAACCUGCGCAGAGUGCUGUGGUUUUGCUCAACUCCAAUGAUAAACGCUGGGCAUCACAGAGCAUCACUAUGACGACUCUCUGUCUUGACUCACCCAUCAAACCCAAAAAUAAAUCUGUGUUUGGAGCUGAGUGGCUCUCACUGUUAAAGCCAUCGGUCAACCUCAGACCGCACACCAGCACGCUCAAGUUCUCCAAGUCCCUGAAUGACGUGGGUCAGAAGAUGGACGGGCUGUGCAGCCUGCACUUUGCUGAACGCACAUGCUCAGAUGGCGAGUUGCGCUCCGAUACGAAAGGAGAUGCAGAAUGUGGGCACCAGGCCAAGACUCUCGUGGUCAAGCUGGCUCGCCUGCCUCCCCUCUACCCCACUCAGCAUACCUCCUUCUCCACCACCUAUGGCUACGCGAGUGCUCACCUUGCUGACAUGCAGAAGAGCUCCAAUCUGCUGCGCUUCUUCUUCCCAUUCCCGCACUCCUCCACAGCGGGCAGCCUGCCUCCUGGUGAGCUGGUCCCCUGUGCCAAGCCAUCCAGUGCCUUGCUGGAGGUAAACGAGGUAUGCAGUGAGGAGAUGGGUGAUGACGAUGUGUUUGAGGAGGAGUCCUCUGGUUGGAGGCUAAAGGUCGAGGAGCAGCACGCUCCUCUCUGCUCCCUGGAGGAGGAUGGAGAUCUGGACAGCUGCUUCUCACCACUGAUGGAGAAAACAGGUCCACCCUCACCGUACUCUCUGACUGGGGAUUGCUGCAGGAUCUGUCACUGCGAGGGUGAUGAGGACAGUCCACUGAUCACGCCAUGCCACUGCACAGGCAGCCUGCGCUUCGUGCACCAGGCCUGUCUGCAGCAGUGGAUUAAGAGCUCAGACACACGUUGCUGUGAGCUCUGCAAGUUCGAAUUCAUCAUGGAGACCAAACUAAAGCCAUUGCGCAAGUGGGAGAAGCUGCAGAUGACAGCCAGCGAGAGGAGGAAGAUCAUGUGCUCUGUCUCUUUCCAUGUCAUUGCCAUUACGUGCGUGGUCUGGUCACUGUACGUCCUGAUCGACCGCACUGCAGAGGAGAUCAAACAAGCCAGGAGAAUACCAGGGAUUCUGGAGUGGCCUUUCUGGACCAAGCUUGUAGUGGUGGCCAUUGGCUUCACCGGUGGACUGGUUUUCAUGUACGUGCAGUGCAAAGUCUAUAUCCAGCUGUGGAGGAGACUUAAGGCCUACAACAGAGUGAUAUAUGUGCAAAACCGGCCAGAGACCUAUAAAAAGAUUGUUUUCGAUAAACCUCUACUUAUGGAACCAAACUUGGAUAAUAAGGAGGGUUUUGGGCCAGCGCAGUCGGACACAAACUCUUCGCAGUAUACAGAGACUGAGGACUACAGCAUGGAGAUACUGCACGUGUGAGCAGCGCAUCCACAGCCCAAUUCCACUGGACCAGAUGAUGCUUUGCCUCCUGCCAGGGUACAGGAGGCACCACACAGCACUGGGCAGAGUAACUGAGACAGAACUCCUUCUGUUUUUUAGGUGUUUUCUUUGUUUUGUCUGUUCUGUUCCUGUAAGUUGUUGGCUAGCCAUUAUGAGUCGGUGUGCACCAGGUCCAACUACUGCCAUUGUACUGCUCUUGUACGAGAUAUGUGAAGCACCACUCGAGCUGUGUGCAUCUGUGCUCACCCUGUGUGUGAGUAUGUGUCUCUGCGCUGGUUCUAAUGGAGUCCUUAACAAUGCAUUUAAGCACUUUUUAGUUCCCUCUUUUAAGGCUCUCCUGUUUUAAUACCCAUACAUUUAUAUAUACAUGAGAAAAAAAAAACAAGCUUGAAGUUCUGAGAGUUUUUCUCGCAUUUUAUAUGACAUUUUUUAUUCCCACACAAACGUUGGAUGUAAAAACUUGAAAUUUGAGGAGAAAUAAGGGAAAAUGGACAUGUUUUUAGAGUAAUCAUGCCAUCUUUCAUAAAAAAAGAAAAUAUUUUCUGAGUUGAUCAGUCUUUUUCGUUUGUUUUAUCUGAUAUUUAACUUAUUCUAAUGGUGAUACUUAUUCAAAAUUAAAUUAACGAUUAUCUACCAAGGGCUAGAGCCACUAAAGCCACUUGCACAGUUUUAGCAUGUUAAUGUACUUGGUAGUGCCGGAACUCGUCAUAGGCCCAUCAAGAAUACGUUGACCACUAGCUAUGCUAUGGUUUCUGUCUAGGCUGUCAGCCCUUAAGUGUUCCUUCUGAGGGCUCUAAAAUGUAGAUCUCAUCCAUUACCAGUUAGAGGACAUUUUCCUGCAGAGAUUAAGUUACCUGUAGCAUCACAACACCUUUCUAGAUGAUUUGUGUUUUCUAUACUUGAGUGAAUCUUUAUACUGAGUCUUUGUUUUGACCACUUUCCUUAAGAAUUACUUUGGUCUUAGUUAAAGAGUACUUUAUUUUUCUAACCCAGCAGGACAGUUUUUUAUUCAUGGUUUCACAGAGUUUCAGUUUGUUCCUACAACCAUACACACUUUUGCAUGUGACAUGACAUAAUUAGCGUGGCUUGACAAACUUAACUGUAGCCUUUCAACACUUUGCUUUAUUCUUUUUGUCAUUAUAGUUCAUCAUACAUAUUUAAAAUAUUAUUUCAGCAUGAAUGACCUUAACAUAUGACAUUUUAAAAACAACAGUAAAUUGGUCAGUCUAGGACAAAUCUACAUAUUCUGUAGAAUUUGUUGCAUGGUGUCCCUAAAAUCGAUUCGUUCACUCCUUCUCUUAAAGCGUACAGAAUGGUGCAAGGUUGUUACGGUUAUAAACGUUGAGAAAUUUCCAUGUUAACUGUGACUUUCACCAUUUCCUCAUGCAGUAAGUGUUUUUGAUAUAACAUCACAUUUAUCUCCCUCAUCAUAUAAGAAUGUCAGGGCGAACCUGAAAUCAGAGCAUACUUCUGCCAUCUAGUGGCAAAGGUCACAUUUUACAUUUUGUUAUACAGAUUUUAAUGUAACCGUGAAUGAUUGGUGCAAUUUGAGCAAAAUGAAAAGUGCAAUUACAGUUUGUUGAUGGGAUCAUUCUUGCAGUCCUUUUCCAGUUUUCACAUAGGGGUUUUAGUUCCACAGUUUAUGCAAAUAACACUACAGGUUUGAUGUUGCACAGCUAAUAUAAUAUUGUACUUAGAUCCUUGUACUCUUCUUGUGUGGGACAGAGGGGAUCUCAACUAUCUACUGCUUUGCUACAUGAUUACUGCGGGAAUGCCCUUUACCAGCUUGUAAAUCCUAACAAGCGCAGUUUCACACAACUGCAGCCUGGCGUCCUUUACGGUUUGAUCCAUUUUUCUUUGUGGUUUAGAAAUCAGUGUACAGAUGGAUUUUGUUAGAUAAAUAGGAGCUGGCUCCUUUAAGUCUCUGGCAGUGUGGGACCACUGACAAUUUAUGGAAUCACGUUCAAACUGUAAUAUUUUUGGACAAGGUAUGAUUUGGAGAAUUUCUGGAUUGUAAUUCUGCAUAUGCCUUGUCAGGUGUCAGCUUUGAAUUGCUGCACUCCGUCUGCUUUGUUUAGCGUUGAUUUGUUGCAGUAAUUGUAUUGUUUGUCUCUUGACUCUUCAUCGCUACAGGCUGCUAGUGGUUGAGCUCUGAUGAUCAUGUGAUCGAUCACGCUUACUAACACACACAGAUGACACGUGCUUAGACAUUGUUUCUUGCAAACUGCAAUUUAUUACUACUGAAUCAACUUGAAUGUGGUCAACAUGACUGUUUCCUAGCCCUCUCUUAUUCCAUUCUUCUCUCUGUGACUUUUCUUUGAAUAGUAAAAGUAAUUUUUCAUAAUGUUUUUAUUGAAAUCUUGAUGUGCUUUGUUUUGUUUGAUUUCCCAUAUUUGAGUAUAUAGACUGUAAAACAACCAAAUAAAAUGAAGUAAACCUAUACAUUGUUGCAAAUGAGACAUUUUGUUUUUGCCACACUCUGUACUGCUGUUAUAAAGCAGUGGUUGCUUUGACACAACACUGCCUAAAGAAUUGAAACCAUCACAUGUUCCUUGGAAUACCCAUUUCCUCGGUUUCCAUACGGCUACUAAAUGUCAUCAAGGCCUUUCACAAGCACUGUGUCAAAAUAGAGAAGCAGUGGACCUGAUUGAACACAUUGCCGUGGCUUUCUCAGUAGCUAAAUAUGGUUUUGUGAAACUGAAAAGACUGUAAUUUACAUGUAUAGUUUUGUAUUUUAUGUAUCUGUACAUUUUUUUCUCAGUAUUAUUACACUUUUAAGAGGUUGACUUUAAGUUUCUUAAUUGAGAUGUAAGUGAUGUUGUUUCGUGUUUUUAAGGGGAGAUUAAAUGGAGCAAUAAAAUAAAACCUUGAUGAAACCA